AUGUCCAAGUUGGAGGAAGCCCUUGCGGCUCGUCUUAAGGCGAGAGAAGAGAAAUCUCAGCUUCGUCGGUUGACUACGUUUCCAGCAGACAAUGUUGACUUUUCUUCAAAUGCCUACCUUUCUCUUUCUCUUGUCCCAGAGAUCAGAUCCGCCUAUCAUUCCCUUCUUGAGAAGCAUGCAUCUCCCCCUCCUUUGUUGGGGUCAGGCGGCUCACGAUUGUUGGACGGCAAUUCGACAUUGGCAGAGUCUCUCGAGCGAGACAUUGCAGCGUUUCACAACGCCCAGGCUGGACUCUUGUUCAAUUCGGGAUUUGAUGCCAAUGUCGGGCUUGUGAGUUGCCUGCCGCAGCCGGGGAAUAUUAUUGUUUACGAUGAGCUCAUUCAUGCGAGUGCUCAUGAUGGGAUGAAGUUGAGCCGGGCGGGGAAGAAGAUCCCGUUCAAGCACAAUUGUAUUGAAGGAGAGGGAGGUUUGGAUGAGGUUCUCAAGGGGUUGGCAGAUGAGUCUGUGUUUAUCCUUGUUGAAGGUGUUUACAGCAUGGACGGAGAUGUUGCACCACUUCAAGACAUUGUUGCUUGUGUCAAACAGCGUCUGAACAAUGGGUACAUCAUUGUUGAUGAGGCACACUCGACUGGUCUGUAUGGAAAGCAGGGAAGAGGUCUUGUGUGCGAGCUGGGCCUGGAAAAAGAAAUCUUUGCUCGAUUGCACACUUUUGGCAAGGCAAUGAGUUCAUUUGGAGCUAUCGUCCUUUGCUCUCCUACGACACGAGAAUAUCUCAUCAACUACGCCCGAACCCUCAUCUACACAACAGCAAUGCCAUUCCCCUGUCUCGCCAGCAUCGGAUUGUCGUAUCAAUUUCUUGCAAGCGGCAAAGCAGAUGCUCUUUUGAAGCAUUUGUGGCAACUCGUAAACCACACGCAUAAGCUUUUGCAGUCUUCGACUCUUGGUGUCAAUAGAGAUGCACCCAAGUCACCAAUUAUCCCAGUAUUCACAUCGCAACCACGAAGCUUGGCUCAGUUCUGCCAGGAGAGAGGAUACACGGUUCGUCCAAUUGUUGCUCCGACAGUCCCCAAGGGCAGCGAGAGGAUUCGAAUCUGCAUCCACGCUGGAAAUACUAUGAAGCAGGUUGAGGGUUUGGUCAAGACGAUAAAAGACUGGGAGCAGAAUUUGGAGGGAAAAUCUCGUUUAUAG